GGCUGCACAUUCCUCUGUAGGCGCGGUGGACUUUCCCGAGCUGCAGGUUGUUUCGCGUGGGCUGGAAAAAGAGUAGUUUUACCUCCGUGUCAGUGGGCUAAUGACGCUUCUGCUGCUGCGCCUCAGCGACGGGAGCUGGUAGCUGGAGUGGACGGAGGGGACACGGUGGGACAUGGACCGUGAGACGCAGUCAGAGUGUGUACCUGCGCGUUUUCAGAGAGUGUGACGGACUGAUUUGGAGUCUCAUUUCAGUGCUUUUGGCCAUGGCGGGCUGCUGGCAUUGGUGCCACCGCACGUGCAUGUGCUGUCUGUCCGAGGAGGAGAAGAAGACCAUUGCAGUGGACAAAGAGAUCCAGAGGAUCCUCAAGCAGCAGAAGAAGAAGGAGAGAAGGGAGAUUAAAAUCCUCCUACUGGGUACCGGGGAGAGCGGAAAAACCACCUUCAUCCGACAGAUGAGGAUCAUCCAUGGACGAGGCUUCUCAGAGGAGGAGAGGAGGACCUUUGCUAAAUGCAUCUACCAGAACAUUUUCUCAGCCAUGAAGGCGAUGACGGGAGCCAUGACCACAUUGAAAAUCCCCUACUUCAACCCUGAGAACGAGAUCUACGCCAAAUGGGUGCAGGACAUAAACACGGUGCAGAUCUCCCAGAUGGAUCGAGGCUAUGCUGACGCAAUCCGCCGACUCUGGGCAGAUUCUGGAAUUCGGGUCUGUUACAGUCGGCGCUGCGAGUACCAGCUGCUGGACUCCACAGAGUACUACAUGAGUAACCUGGACCGCAUCUCUGCCCCAGACUACAUUCCCACGGAGCAGGACGUGCUCCGAGUUCGAUUCCCCACCACAGGCAUCCACGAUUACUCCUUCACCAUCAAGACCAUCACGCUAAGGAUCGUGGAUGUGGGCGGCCAGAAGUCGGAGCGUCGGAAGUGGAUUCACUGUUUUGAAAACGUCACCUCCCUCAUCUUCCUGGCCUCCCUCAGCGAGUACGACCAGGUCCUGGAGGAGAGAGAGACCAUCAACCGUAUGCAUGAGAGUCUGGCUCUGUUCUACACCACCAUCCAUUCUCCGUGGUUCUUCAACACCUCCAUAAUCCUCUUCCUCAACAAGACUGACAUCCUGGCUGACAAAAUCCAGACCUCUGACUUGCAGAAAUAUUUCCCCAGCUUCACAGGUAAGAGGCACGACCCAGAGGACGCCAAGAUCUUCAUCCGCAAGUUGUACGAGCAGCAGGCCGUCAACCGCGACAACAGAGACAGUUGGAAGACUCUCUACCCGCACUUCACCUGCGCCACAGACACUAACAACAUCCGCAGGGUGUUCAGCGACAUCAAGGACACGGUGCUGCUCAAGUCUCUCAGGGACUACGGAGUCAUCUGAACUUUGACACGUCGGUGAAACACAGUGACUCUGUCUGCACUAUGUACGUCUACUAAUGAAGGCCAAAAUGUUGCGUCUUUUUCUGUUUGUUAUUUUUUUCCUAAAGCCUGGACAAUCAGACCAUCCUUCAUGCUCCUGUCCACCCUCUUCCUCCUCUCCCUCAUCAGGGUUUAAUGAAGAAGCGUGGUGGAGAACAACAGGACAAGUCUGCAAUUUUCUCUCACCUUUGCCACCAUCACUAGCUCGCUCUCUUGUCCUCCUCCUCUCAAGUAGAAAACAUGAAGACGUUUAGGGAGAUUGGAGACAAAACAAGACUUGAAUGACUUCAGUAAUCACCCUCACGUCUCUCAGCCAGGAGCUUUUCCUCCUCAUUUGGAGUGUUUUGGUCAUGCAGUGACUGAAUUGAUCCAUAAUUGUAGCAGGAGCAGAGAUGCUAUGAAGUGCUGCGCUGCCAUUAACGGAGUAAUGACUUUUCACAAGUGGCGAUGGGGCCACGCUUGGGUACGCCACCCUGUCACUCUCAUUUUAAACGCUUUAUUUGAAUCCUCCAAGUACAUUCAGGUUCAAUGCAAACUGCUUCUAUUAUGCAACAUAAACACAUGAGUUACUAUCUGCUGCAUCUUUUACUGUCAGACAUUGUGAAUCGAGGGAUUUUCUCUCUGUGAUUAACGUCAGCACAGAGUCCUUAUUGGCUUCACAAACACUGCGCUGCUGUCGGAGGGCCAAAAUCCCGAUUGAUUACAGUAAUCUUGCACACUGGCAAUAUUCCUAUCUGCACUGUCUCCCUUAAUUCUUAUGUGCCUUUUGGAGUCCUCCUCAAAGUGCCAUAACAGCAGUGUGUGAUGACAUCCCUACACUCACCUCCAGUCAGUUGCUGUGUCUGUGUUGAAUGGUUUAUCGUUUAACUCCCUGUCACAUGUGGAUAAAAUACACACUGUGGGGCGAGUUCACAAAGAAUUGUGCAUCGCUUGCAACCACUCUCUGCCUCUUCUCAAGGUCUGAAAUGAUACUGCGCGGAUGACAUUACAGUGCAAACACGCCCAUAAAGUUCUGCAGCUGGGUGCAAUUAGAUUUUUUGUGUGUGACUGCAAUUAUCCAUGUGGCAAUGUAUAAAUAUUGCCUUUGCACCGAGAACACAGCAGGCAGAGCAACAACACAGGGAAAAAGAAAACUAAAUUUUUACGUACGUUACGUUUUACAUUUUUAAGUACGAGCUAUAGGUCCUGAAGGACGAGGCACAGAGGCAUUCUUCAAAACUUCAGGCAAGGAAUUUAAACGUGACGGAGAAACCAGACUUGGGAUUAAUACCCCACUCUGUCAGUCUGCUUCAGUCACCAGCAACUCUCUGAAGACGCUAAUAAUUUCACUGUAACUGUGUGUAGCUCUCAGCACUGAUCUUUGUGAACUACUGUUUUGUAAUGAGGCUCAUUUGCAUAGAAAUAGCCAAUUUUGCGCCGAAUAUAUCCUUAUAACUUAAUUUAUAUACAUUCAUGUGGCGCAGGAAGACAGACGCUAUUUGGUGGGCAGCACAGUCAGGGGUACAUUUAGAAUUACACUUUUUGCUUUCUUACAUGUGCAGGUUAAGCGUCCAUAAAAGCUGUGCGAUCCUUUUGUGAAUUCGACCGUCUGUGUUCAAAAAGAGAGGAACACAACAUGUGUGGAUCUUUAUUGGAAAUUGCUUCAGUCAGUACCAGCAGGGAGUCACAAAAAAAACACAAAGACAGAAUUACAGUAGAUGUGAUGUGGAGAAAAAAGUUCAUAUGGUUUGAAAAUGUAGAAACCAAAUUAUCCUUCCAGCCUCUGAUUUGCUCGUAGAUAUUAAAUGUUGUAAAUCACAAAUUCUGCCAUUGUUAAAUCUAAUUUCUUCAGGGUUUUUUAAAAUUUAUUUUCCCAUCAGACUAGUGAAUUUGCUUUUCUUAGUCAGCGGUUGGUUGAUGGAAGUAAAGGGCAAAAGACGCAAAAAACAAACUCAGUGUGCAAAAGGCCUUAACAGUGGAUCACUUGACUACUUAUACGAGACAGGAGUUGCUGGUAGUAACAGCCCCACAAAGAAAGAUCAGCUAACUCUGCAGGUUCUCUUAACUCUACAGAACAUUAACAUCUUUCAGCUCACAACUUUAGUGUUUCUGCUCACUCUCAUCACCUUGUUUCCAGAUGCAACAGGCAGCUGCUCUGAGCAGAAAAAGUUCUAAUAAACCCCUGAUUGCUUCCUGCUCAGCAUAAAACAGCAGACAGACACAGUUGGCAACUAGCUGGUGAACAUAGUGGAGCAUUUAGCAGCUAAACAGCCAGAGAUUUCCCUCAGGAGUUGGUGGAGAACAAAAACACAGCUAAAGGGAGUGAAUAUUGGACUUCCAUUCACCAGGUCACCAGAAUCACAACUAAAUAAGUUGUACAAGCUUGCAUCAAAGUGCCUAAAAAACAGUUAUAGCUGGAGUGCAGGACUUUUUAAUGAACGUCUCUUACAUUUAAGCCUGUACUAAACAGAAUCACACAAUGCUGAUUAGGCCUACUGUAGCCACUGUAGCUCUCUGUAUUUCACAGUUCACCAGAACUGUGGUGUCUGUGGAGACUUUGCUGCACUGGUGCACCAAAAGUGAUGCGUUUUACGUCAACCAGACAGAGUUAAAGAGGGCAGGAAGUGGGGAGAGAUGGCAGCAGAAGAUCUUGAGAAGUAUCCAAGAAAAGUUCCUGGAGUGGAUGUGCCAGAUAAAAAAGAAGCUCUGCGUUUAGAGGAAGGAAUACAUUUUUAAAAAGACUUGACGAGCAAGUUCCUGGGGGUGGUGGAGAUGCAGUGGGCUCUCCUGUAGGCAUACGUCAGUGUCAGAGGCCUUCAUCUGCAAAAUGUCACUCAAAUUUAACACAUACCAAUCAGGAAGAGACAUAAAACCACAAAAAGAUGCAUAAUGACUACAAAGAGAUGCAGAACAACAAUAACAGGGAGGCAAAACCACAAGGUAGGAGAGGUGAUGGGGCCUUUUGCAGAUCUUUGCCCAGGAGCCAGUUGUCUCGUAAUCCACCCAUGGUCAAAGGCACAUGUUCGAUAGUGUUCGUGUAAUUACUCCCACUGCCAGAGGGGGGAGAUAAAAGUUCCACACUCCAGCUUUAAGUGCCUAAAUAUCUAUUUUUCACUGUGUCAAAAAAUAGUCGGUCAUAGUCUCUGAACUGUUCCUGUUUUGUACUUCUUGACAUUCACUUUCCACACCGCAACAAAGCCAACAGCUGAUUCUUCAGCGCUCGGCGCAAUUAAUACACUACAAUAAAAUCAAUAGCACGAAUUUGAGCACAAAUCAUAGUUAGAGGCUGACAAGGUUUAAAAGGUCACAAGUGAGGGAACUGAGAUGUGUUUGAGAAGGCAGCUCGACUCACUGCGAGUUCAAAUCAGCGAUGGUGGGGGAAGAAAAAAAAAAUCCAACAGGAUAAAGAUUAUUAAUAUAAAGUGGCAGUGUGAACUCUGUGCAUCAGUUUUAUAUCAGCGUGUGGAGAUGGGAAUUUAAUAAUAUUGAUUGCUGGCAUGAGUUGGACCCCCCCUGUGUGCCUCAUUGAGUGUUGAGUGGAAAAUGACAUUGAAAUUCAUUGAAUGAAGUGACCGUGAUGAGGCAAACAUCAGCUCACUGUGUGUCUUUUCUGCUGCUCUGUUAACUGUAUAUGAAGUGUUUUGAUCUCUACACUGCUACAGAUGUUGUAGCUAUGCUGUUGAAUCUUUAUGAUGAAAAUGUUUAAUUGUACUGUACAUUUACUGAUGACUACUUCUGAUUGAGUUUGAACUGCUGUAUUUUUUAAUUCUGUUUACCAACAGCACAUAAACUGUGAUUGUCUAGUGAGCUACUUUCCGGCGAUGUGAGACCUCCUCUCAUACGGUGACAGUGAAUUGUUGUGUGUAGACUCGGGUGGAGGAAGUGGGCAAAUAUUUUUUUUCUAGUUAAUAUUAAAAGCAAACUUUGGAAUACACACACA